AUCCAGCAGCGUCAAGCAGCCAACUUAAGAGAAAGAAAGCGAAUGCAAUCAAUUAAUGAAGCAUUUGAAGGCUUGAGAGCUCACAUACCUACAUUACCUUACGAAAAAAGACUGUCCAAAGUUGACACAUUGCGAUUAGCCAUUGGCUACAUUGGUAAGCUAACAUUCUAUUUAUUCAGUUUCAGCUUUUUUCAUUAA